AUGCAUACGACACAUAAGACACCGCGCGCACGGAAGCUGUUCACCGUUGCAGCCUGUUACAUCUGCCUCUUCAUCGCCCCCGCGCUCUCCAAGUGCUGCUAUACCCUCACAUCCCAGAGCCUAGCCCCAGCCUCCGCUACCUCGUCAUCCUAUGCGGUCUCACUAACGGUCAGUUCGCAAAUAGCCGUCGACUCCCAGGGUAUGGUCUACAAGGCUACGAUCAAUUUUCCGGCUUCGUACCUCAUCGUCACCGUUCCUUCGGGGUGCACCUUCUUAUCUAGUGGAACCGUCAGCUGCCAGUCGUCCGGCCAGAAUCAAUUCGCCGUGUCCUUUCCGAACAUUACAGCCAUGCCUGAUGGAAUUACGCUCUUGAGCAAAGGCGCGAAAGUGCAAGAGCGCGAGGAGAAAUCUGCGGAGGACGAUAAUUCUGGGCACAUCGCCGUGUUGGCGGCGACGGUGCUGGCGGGGAUACCGCCGAGUGCAGAUUCGGUCGUGGUCAACGGUGAGACAUGUGUGGUCGACACGACCUGUCCGACUCUGAGUCGCAGCAACGGCACAUCUACCAGCAGCCGAGUGAACACAACUACGACUCCUUCUUCUGUAUCGGAAAGCGGACAGCAGGGAGGUGAUGUUAAAUCCUCGUUGUCGUCAUCAUCGUCGUCAUCGAACAAAGGCAUGAUCAUUGGUAUCUCCUGCGGUGUUGUAGCUGUUUUGCUCAUCGCAGUAUGUGUUGUCCUCAGACGCAACAUGACCAGUGCCUCGAGCACGGGCGUGAAACGUCAGAGCUCUCAGUACUCCCUUAGCCGUGAGAAUAACAGCGGGGCAUACGGUGGACCUGAUGGAUAUGCACUCUACCGUGAGAAAACGAUGAGACGCCAGAGGUCAAUUCGAGAGUUCCAUGAGGCUGCGGCCGCCAAGGCGGCUGAAGAGGCCGUCCAUCGGGGCCUGGAGAGAAUGAAGUCUGAGGAGAGGAUGCGUGCAACCAUAGAGCGCACAGGUGCUGGCGGUGCUGACGGUGCAGGUGUCGGGGCUGACGGUGCAGGUGUCGGGGCUGAGAAGGCAGGGGCGAUAGAGCUGGCGCGUCAUCCGUCCUCGAGGGAAGCGAAGUCGAACACGGCAGCGAGGUCGAACACGGCAGCGAAGUCGAACACGGCAGGAAAGUCAAACAUAGGAGGAAAGUCGCCAGCGCGGAUGCUAGAUACGAGCGUUAUUAAGAUCCCGUCGGCCUCGUUGUUCGAGGAUGGGAAGGACUUCAAUGCAUAUUUUCCCAGUGAGACAGGAGUGGGCCAAUCUGGGAGUAGGGGGACGACGCGUCCUAGUGAGGAUAUGAACAGGAUUCAGCAUCCCCCGGUGAGAAAAUCAAAAUCCUCGCGUUUCCCUUGGCCAGAGCCCGAGUCAUCCGCGACACCACCAUCGACAUCGACUCAGGGACAGAAUGCGCUGCAUCGAACAGUCAGUGCGGGGACGAUUAAGAGCACAGCCAGUCGUCCACAGUAUCAUACCGACAACACUAUCCGGCAUCAGCAGCAGCAACAACAGUACUCAUCUCGACCUAAUGGCUUCGACAAUGGCGCGAGGUCAACCCAACCUCGCCCGUCAGUAGACCAGCAACAGCGACACCAUGGACUACGGAGCGAGCCCAUCUUGCUGCCCCCACAGUCAUUGCCUGCUGCCCAGACGCGGUCGCAGCACAUCAUGCGGACAGAUGACAAGGCGGGGUCGCAUGGAUUGUAUGGUUACAUGUAG